AUGGGUGCGGGAGCCAGUUCUGUAUCCGGGGCGCCGAGCGUUUCUCCUUGUGCCGUUACUGCUGCAGCUGUUCUGCAGCGUUUGGAGGGUGUCUCGAUGGGUAAAGUCAUCGAGGGCUGCGAACGAGGAUGGCUAGCAAAAGCUCUGAUGGGUGCACACCUAUUGACUCCAGACUGCGUAGACAUCUUUGAGAGGCCUCCGCCUAUUCGAGGAGUCUACGAGACCACGGCACUGAUACAAGCAGUUAAAGAAAACGAUGAGACCUUGUUUGACCAAUAUCUUACACAGCUCUCCUUCCGAACAAACAGCGGCCGCACUGCACUAAUGUAUGCUGCAGAACUAGGGCGCCAGCAGAUGGCUGAGCGGUUGCUCGACGAGGCGGAGGUCGUUGAUCUUUCCGGGAAAACUGCACUUAUAUAUGCACUCGAGGCAGGACACUACGACAUAGCUGAUAUGUUAAUCCCUUAUGAAGUCGGGAAGGCUGGAGUUACAGAUCUCAUGUUUUAUGCUCAAACAGGCAAUCUAGAUGCGUUACUAGCGGAACAAGAUGAUGCCCGCGCGCAGGAUCUAUCAGGUCAUACUGCAUUAAUGGUUGCUGUUAUACACAAAAAUGUGAAGGUCGCAGAGCUGCUUCUUGAAGAAAUGGCGUUAACGACCACAAAGGGGGUCACUGCACUGAUGCUCGCAGCUCAGCGAGGCUAUGGAGAGCUUGUGUAUUUGCUAGCAACGUCUACAUCGACGAUAGAGCAGCCUACGGGGAAGUUCAGCAAGCGAACAGGACAGCAACGAAUGCGGCCGGUCAAACUGAGAGAACUUAGUAAUCAAACAAGAGACACGGGAGACUCUGCACUGAUGUUCGCUGUUAAACGUGGAGACAUUUUGGCAGCCUGUUGCCUUACAGAAGAAUUGUAUCUGCAAGAUUGUACUGGAAAGACAGCUCUGAUGCAUGCUGCAGAACGCGGAGACGCCGAAAUGGUUAAGUUUCUAUGCAGUUUGAUGAAGAAAGGAGACCGUGUGCAAGUUGAUAAGAAGGGCCGCACAGCUCUCAUGUAUGCAGCAGCGCAGAAUUACAGAGCCGCAGCUGAGCAGCUUUUUCUCCGGGAACAACGGUUUCAAGAUAAAUCCGGGCGCACAGCGCUCAGUUACGCACUUGAACAUAUGGCAGUCGAUACAAUAUCUCUUCUUUCUCCAGCAAGCGUCGAAGGCCGCUUCUCUAAGAUAACUCAACUGAUGAUUGAUGCUGCUUGUGGAAAGAUAUCAGAACCAUUGACUCCUGCACAGCUCGUAGAGGUUCGCCAGCAGGAUACGUCGGGUCGCACAGCCCUUAUGUACGCGGUUCUUGCAGGUCACACUAAAGCCAUUGAGCACCUUUGCAUAGAGGUGGAGGACUUUGCACAUGGUCAUGAGUCUGUCCUUCAAAUGUGCAUUGAAGCACAGAAAUUGAAUUGUCUUCAAGUUCUCCUUCUACAUGUGUAUGAGGAAAACGUCCAGAUCAACAUCCCUAAGCUCAGUUUAUCUAUCGUCGAUUACGAGACAGACCUUUUGGCAGCAGCAGAGAAAAAUGACUCCUUUGGGGCGCGUACUCACAUUGACCAGGCUGGAAAACUUUGUAACGGCUGGACAGCUUUAAUGACAGCUGCGUACAGGGGGCACAUCGAUAUUGUAAAGCUUCUCCUUUGUGAGGUAAAGCUCCAGAACGAGAAGGGCUGGACAGCAUUGAUGCUUGCUGUUCAGACAGCGCAAUCAGAGGUUGUUCGGCUUCUUGCACGUUACGAGCUAGGGCUCAAGGAUAAUGAAGGAGAGACGGCUCUUGUGAAGGCUAUUCGCUGGAAUGCAAUUGAUAUGAUUGAAGUACUACUGCGUGAGAAGCACGUUCUCACGAACAAUCGGCAAACAGCUCUUUCGGUUGCAAUGGAAAUGGGAAAUGAGGAGUGUCUUAAGCUUUUAAAGGCCCCGAAGCUCUGA